GCUGCUACUUUGUCCAAUGACAGUCCAUGCACUGCAUUCCAACAUACUUUACUUUUUCUUUUCUUUCCCCUGCCUUUGACUUUCUUUUUCUUCUUCUUCUUCUUCACUUUGCUACUCUUUGCUCUGAUACAGCCACACUUCCCAUUCCCAUUCCCAUUUCAGCUCCAUUGCCACCAUGUCUCUCUCCACCCAUAUCACUCCCCUCGUUUGCUCCUGUUCUACUUCAGAUACUUUCAUGACUGCAUCAAAGGUAAAGAAGGAAAAUCACAGAACAGCUUUGUGCCUAGAAGAGUCUAAAGAAAGGAUCAAAAAAAUGUUCAACAAGGUUGAACUUUCUGUCUCUUCAUACGACACAGCUUGGGUCGCAAUGGUUCCAUCGACGACUAAUCCUCAUGCACCAUUUUUCCCUCAGUGCUUGAAUUGGUUGUUGGAUAAUCAACUCUUUGAUGGAUCAUGGGGUCUACCUAAUCAUGAUCCGUCAUUCAUGAAUGAAGCUCUGCUGUCUACCUUAGCAUGUGUCCUUGCAUUAAAGAAAUGGGGUAUUGGUGAAGAUCAAAUUAACAAGGGUCUCCAAUUUAUCAACUCAAAUAUUGCCUCAAUCAAUGAUGAGAAGCAGCAACCUCCCAUUGGAUUUGAUUUAAUUUUCCCUUCUUUGAUUGAAUAUGGUCAAAAUUUGGGAAUUAAUUUUUCUAUCAGUGCAACAAACUUGGAAGCAAUCAUUCAUAAGAGAGAUAUAGAGCUUAGCAGAGGAAAUCAAAGCAAUUCGGAAGGGUGGCGAGCAUAUCUUGCUUAUGUUUCAGAGAGACUGCAGAAAUCACAGGACUGGGAAGCAAUAUUGAAGUACCAAAGACUGAAUGGAUCUUUGUUUAAUUCACCUGCUACGACCGCAGCUGCUUUUCAUCAACUUAAGAACACCAACUGUCUUAACUAUCUCAAAUCUGUAGUAGAAAAGUUUGGGAAUGCUGUUCCAACAAUUUAUCCUCUGGACAUAUAUGCCCGGCUGUGUAUGAUUGACAAUCUUGAAAGGUUGGGUGUAAGUCACCAUUUCAAAGAGGAAAUUCGAAGUGUAUUGGAUGAAACAUACAGAUAUUGGCAAGAGGGAGUGGAAGAUAUAUUUUUAGAUCCCACCACCUGUGCAAUGGCAUUCCGUAUAUUGCGUCUCAGUGGUUACGACGUAUCUUCAGAUCCAUUUUAUCAAUAUUCAGAAGAUAAGUUUUCGGACUCCUUGAAAGGGUACUUGAAGGAUGCUGGUGCUAUUUUGGAGCUGUAUAAGGCUUCUCAAGUGAUUAUACAUCCAGAUGAAUCAAUUUUAGUGAGACAAAAUGCUUGGACUAGGCAUCUUCUAAAGCAGCAAUCAUCGCAUUAUCAAUUAUAUGCUGAUAAACUUCGUCGUUUUGUUGACCGAGAGGCCAAUGAUGUUCUUUCUUUUCCAUAUUACGCAAACUUGGAGCGAAUCUUAAACUUGAGAUCGAUGAAGCAUUACAAUGUAGAAGAAACAAGGAUUUUAAAGUCAUCAUAUAGGUCUGAAAAUCUUGCAAACCAAGAAUUUCUAAAGCUAGCAGCCGAAGACUUCAAUAUAUGCCAAUCAAUACAAAAAGAAGAGUUGAAACAACUCACAAGGUGGGUUACAGAGAGCAAACUAGAUAAACUUGAAUUUGCAAGGCAGAAACUAGCCUAUUGUUACUUUUCUGCUGCAGCUAAUCUUUUUGCACCCGAACUUUCCGAUGCUCGCAUAUCAUGGGCAAAGAAUGGUGUUCUCACAACAGUUGUUGAUGAUUUCUAUGAUGUUGGGAGCACUGAAGAGGAGCAAGUGAACCUUAUUCAACUAAUGGAGGAGUGGGAUGUAGAUAUCGAAACUGCUUGUUGUUCUGAGAAUGUUAAGAUAAUAUUUUGUUCACUUCGGAGCACGAUUAAAGAGAUUGGAGAAAGAUCAGUCAAGUGGCAAGGACGAAAUGUGGAAGGCAGUGUUAUUAAGAUUUGGUUAAGCUUGAUACGGUCUAUGUUAACGGAAGCCAAGUGGUUGAAAACCAAGACUGUCCCAACACUAGAUGAGUAUAUGCAAAAUGCUUGCGUUUCAUUUGCAUUAGGUCCAAUCGUCCUUCCGGCCCUCUUUCUUGUUGGUCCUAAGCUUUCAGGCGAGGCUGCCGAAGUUGAAGAAUUGCAUUGUCUAUUCAACACAAUGAGCACUUGCGGCCGUUUGUUAAACGAUAUUAACACUUUUGAGAGAGAAUCAGCGGAAGGAAAGCUGAAUGCACUCGGCUUGCGUCUCAUCCAUGGAAAUGGAGCUAUUACCAUAGAUGAUGCCACUAAGGAGAUGAAGGUUAUCAUCGAGGACAAGAGAAGAGAACUCUUGAGAUUAGUUUUGAAGGAAAAAGGAAGCACAGUUCCAAGAGACUGCAAGGAAUUGUUUUGGAAAAUGAUCAAAGUGUUGCACCUGUUUUACCUGAAGGAUGAUGGAUUUACUUCACUUGAGUUGCAUUCUACUGUAAAUUCAGUGAUUAAUGAACCUGUUCUUAGUGAAUUACUGAGAGAUACUAAUCAAAACCCUAAACCGAUCUAUCAAAGUGUGUAGUUAUUAGAAAAUGCUAAUGUUCAUUGAGUAUGUAGAAUUCUCCCCAUACUGGAGCUGUAAUUUCUCUUGGGUUAGUAACGUAUAAAAUAAGGAUGG